CAACUGCAUGUCAGGAUACUGGACUUGAGUGUAGGAGUGCUGCUGGUACUGCUGGUUUAAUCGGACUUGACUCCUUUUGGUAGAACCCAUGAUCGCUUUCAGCCAAGGAUAAGGAGCGUAGUUUUCUCUCAAAAGGAAUUGUGUAGAUGAGUCAACAUGCCGACCGGAUCAGUGAAAUUGCAAAGCAUUAAAAAACUGGGACAUGAAAAUUACAGCUACGAGGUUUCAGAUGACGAACCAGCUGGCUCCUAUAUGACCAUGACAACUUCCAAGGAGGAUGGGAAAGCUCAGGGAAAAGCAGAUCAACCAGCAAUAAGGGUUGGCUUCUUCCAGCUGUUCCGCUUUGCCACGGGCAGCGAGGUGCUGAUGAUGGUGGCCGGUAGCCUGUGCGCGGUGCUCCACGGCUCAGCCCAGCCCCUCAUGCUGCUGGUGUUUGGUCUGCUCACCGACACCUUCAUCGAGUACGACAUCGAGCUUAACGAGCUGAGCGACGACAGGAAGGAGUGUGUGAACAACACUAUCCAGUGGAGGAAGAACUACACGGCCACACUCCAGCCAGACUGGAGCCUCAUGAACAAUUCAACAUGGGAGAUGCUCACACCGCUGCAGGGAAGGCAGUGUGGGAUCCUUGACGUCGAAUAUGAAAUGACCAAAUUUGCCUUCUAUUAUGUUGGAAUUGGAGCAGCUGUGUUCUUGUUAGGAUACUUUCAGAUCUCCCUGUGGGUGACGGCCGCUGCCAGGCAAAUCCAGCUCAUAAGGAAAAAGUACUUCAGCAAAGUGAUGCGGAUGGAGAUCGGCUGGUUCGACUGCACCUCCGUAGGGGAACUCAACACUCGCAUGUCAGAUGAUAUCAACAAGAUCAACGAUGCUAUCGCGGAUCAAGUCGCCAUUUUUCUGCAGCGCUUCACCACCUUUGUGUGUGGCUUCUGCAUUGGCUUUGUGAAAGGAUGGAAGUUAACACUUGUCAUCGUUGCAGCAAGUCCACUCAUCGGUAUUGGCGCUGGUCUUAUGGCUCUGUUCGUGGCUAAGCUAACAGGGAUGGAGCUGCAGGCCUACGCAAAAGCUGGAGCCGUAGCUGACGAGGUCCUCUCCUCCAUCAGGACUGUGUCUGCCUUUGGUGGAGAGAGAAAAGAGGUGCAAAGGUAUGACAGGAACUUGAUCUCAGCGCAGCGUUGGGGCAUCAAGAAGGGUCUGAUUAUGGGCUUUUUUACCGGAUAUAUGUGGCUGAUCAUCUUCCUGUGCUAUGGUCUGGCCUUCUGGUAUGGCUCUAGUCUGGUGGUGGACACUGAGGAGUACACACCAGGAACGCUACUGCAGGUGUUCUUUGGUGUUUUGAUCGCCGCUAUGAAUUUGGGGCAGGCCUCCCCAUGUCUGGAGGCGUUUGCUGCAGGCCGCGGCGCCGCCACCAUCAUCUUUGAGACAAUUGAAAGAGAGCCGGAGAUUGACUGUUUAUCCGAGGCUGGAUAUAAGCUUGACAGGGUCAAAGGAGAUAUUGAGUUUCACAAUGUGACUUUCUACUACCCAUCCAGACCUGAAGUCAAGAUCCUGGACCAGCUCAGUGUCGCAGUGAAGUCAGGGGAGACCACAGCCUUUGUUGGUCCGAGCGGAGCCGGGAAGAGUUCUGUUGUUCAGCUCAUCCAGCGCUUCUACGACCCUAAAGAGGGCAUGGUGACCCUGGACGGCCAUGACAUCAGGGGGCUCAACAUCCAGUGGCUGCGCUCACUGAUUGGCAUUGUGGAGCAGGAGCCUGUGCUGUUUGCCACCACCAUCGCUGAGAACAUACGCUACGGUCGACCCGGCGUCUCCAUGGAAGACAUCAUCACCGCUGCAAAGGAGGCCAACGCCUACAGCUUCAUCAUGGACCUGCCGCAGAAAUUCGACACCUUGGUGGGGGAGGGUGGAGGUCAGCUGAGCGGAGGUCAGAAGCAGCGUAUUGCCAUUGCUCGAGCGCUGGUCAGGAACCCUCGUAUCCUGCUGCUGGACAUGGCGACCUCUGCCCUUGACAACGAAAGUGAGGCUGUCGUUCAAGUGGCCCUGGAUAAAGUACGCAUGGGUCGCACCACCAUCUCCAUUGCUCACCGGCUGUCCACCAUAAAGAAUGCCGACGUGAUCGUCGGCUUUGAGCACGGCCGGGCUGUGGAGAGGGGCAAACACAAUGACCUGCUGGAGAGGAAGGGAGUCUACUUCACCCUCGUGACCCUCCAGAGUCAAGGAGACAAGGCUCUGAACGAGAAGGCUCGGCAAAUGGCUGACAAGGAGGAAGAGCAGGAGAGGCUGAGUCUAUCUAGAGCAGGCAGCUACCGUGCCAGUUUGAGAGCCUCGAUCCGCCAGCGGUCCCGAUCCCAGCUGUCCAACCUGAUCCCAGAGUCUUCAGUGCCCAUUGCUGGAGAGCUCGGCCCCAGAGCCUAUGCCGAUUCUCAGGCAGACAAAUCCAAGAAUGCCAUCCCAGAGGAGGAGGACGAACUCGUGGAGCCCGCUCCAGUUGCUAGGAUCCUGAAGUACAACAUACCUGAGUGGCCCUAUAUGCUUUUCGGAUCCCUUGGAGCUGCAAUAAACGGAGGAGUCAACCCCGUCUACUCUCUACUGUUCAGUCAAAUCUUGGCGACGUUCUCAGUAACAGAUCCUGUGGCUCAGAGGGAGGAGAUUGAUAGUAUCUGCCUGUUCUUUGUCAUGGUCGGCGUGGUCUCUUUCUUCACCCAGAUGCUGCAGGGUUAUGCUUUCUCCAAGGCUGGAGAGCUGCUGACACGCAGGUUGCGGCGGCUCGGUUUUCACGCCAUGCUGGGCCAGGAGAUCGGCUGGUUUGACGAUCACAGGAACAGCCCUGGAGCUCUGACCACACGUCUGGCGACUGAUGCUUCACAAGUUCAAGGGGCCACGGGCUCGCAGAUCGGCAUGAUCGUCAACUCUCUGACCAACAUCGGCGUGGCCGUCAUCAUGUCCUUCUACUUCAGCUGGAAGCUCACGCUGCUCAUCCUGUGCUUCCUGCCUUUCAUCGCCCUGUCAGGUGGCUUCCAGGCGAAGAUGCUCACGGGCUUCGCCAAGCAGGACAAAGAGGCCAUGGAAGCUGCCGGACGGAUUUCUGGUGAGGCCCUAAACAACAUCCGCACCAUCGCCGGUCUGGGGAAGGAGCGGAGUUUUGUGGACCUGUAUGAGGCCCAACUUGACGCCCCGUACCAAGCGGCCCUAAAGAAAGCAAACGUGUAUGGAGCCUGCUACGGUUUCGCCCAGUGCGUCAUCUUCUUGACCAACUCCGCCUCCUACAGGUUUGGAGGUUACUUGGUGCGACGAGAGGGGCUUCAUUUCAGUCUGGUGUUCAGGGUCAUCUCAGCCAUCGUCACCAGUGGCACAGCCCUCGGCAGAGCCUCCUCCUACACCCCGGACUACGCCAAGGCCAAGAUUUCAGCUGCACGUUUCUUCCAGCUGCUGGACCGCGUGCCUCAGAUCAGCGUCUACAGCGAUAAGGGAGAUAAAUGGGAUAACUUCCAAGGGAACAUUGAGUUCAUUGACUGCAAGUUCACCUACCCCACCAGGCCCGACAUCCAGGUCCUGAAUGGGCUGAAUGUGAUGGUGAAGCCCGGCCAGACGCUGGCCUUUGUGGGCAGCAGCGGCUGUGGGAAGAGCACCAGCGUGCAGCUGCUGGAGAGGUUUUAUGAUCCUGACCACGGCAGAGUGCUGAUUGAUGGCCGUGACUCAACUUGUGUCAACGUCCCCUUCCUGCGCUCCAAGAUUGGCAUCGUAUCUCAGGAGCCCGUCUUGUUUGACUGCAGCAUCGCAGAGAACAUCAAGUACGGCGACAACUCCCGGGAGAUCAGCAUGAAUGAGGUCAUCUCCGCCGCCAAGAAAUCCCAGCUUCACGACUUUGUCAUGUCGCUUCCUGAGAAAUACGACACCAAUGUGGGCGCUCAGGGUUCUCAGUUGUCUCGUGGUCAGAAACAGCGCAUCGCCAUCGCCAGGGCGAUCAUACGCGACCCCAAGAUCCUGCUCCUGGACGAGGCCACCUCCGCACUGGACACCGAGAGCGAGAAGACCGUGCAAGAAGCCCUGGACAAGGCCAGAGAGGGCCGGACCUGCAUUGUUAUUGCCCACCGACUGUCCACCAUUCAGAACUCUGACAUUAUCGCCGUCAUGUCCAGGGGCUUUUUGAUCGAGAAAGGAACGCACGACCAGCUCAUGGCCCUGAAGGGAGCCUACUACAAGCUGGUUACCACGGGAGCACCAAUCAGCUAACUGCUCAGGGAAACAGUAUCCAAUUAGCGAGGCAGCCGAGACGAAUACGAGGAACGUUGUUAUUGCUGUAUGUCAAGAGAGGCCAGAACUGGAAGAUACACCUGUUUACUCUUACAAUAUUUAUUUUUGGGAAGGGAUCCUGUUAUGAAGAGAGGGAGUUUUGUGAGUCACCCACCCUAAAGUGGGGUAUUUUAAGGUAAUCACCCCAUGUCUUUCUGUUAUUUUGGCAGUUGUUUAUUUUUUGGAUACUGGGUCUGCCCUUGUACCCGCGCUUGCAGUUUUCAGCCCUUACGUUUGCGCGUUCAUGUGCCACUUGGUAGUAGGCAAGUGUGUCCCAUGUCUUGAAAAUGCCAAUGUGCAGUGCCCCUAAACUCACAAUUGAUCCACAGUUAUCCUACACGGCUUCAGAGUGGUAUUCGGAGUGGAGUGAACCCCACAGGUCACCAGUGCUAACUAAGUACAUUCACUCAAGUGGUGUAAGUACUUUAUGUCAGUGUUCUCAUUUUAUGUUACUUUACGUUGUAUUGUAGUAGUAGAAGUAGAAGUAUUGUACUUUUUACUCCACUACAUUUUUCUGACAGCUAUAGUUACUUUGCAGAUGACAGUUUUUUUUUAUUAUUUGUUACACAUUACUUUACACAUUGACCAACUAGAACAGUAAAAUGCUACUUACACAUGAAUGCAUCUGUCAUUAUAAUCCAGUAAUAUUCACCAAUCUCAAUGGGAGCCAUUUUUAUGGAUGAUAACUACUUUUAUUUUGAUAUUCUGAGUACUUGUUUGUAAUAACUAUAUACUGAACUUUGAACUUUAACUUGUAAUGGAGUAUUUCUACAUUGUGGUUUAGCUAUUUUUACUCAAGCAAAGUAUCCAAGUACUUCUUUCACCGCUGCGGCCAACAAUAACCAACAAACAUGUACAAGCUAAGCUAAGAUAAACUAGGCUAAGCUAAUCACCUGUUGGCCCUAGCUAGAUAUUUACCAUACAGUCAUGAGAGUUGUAUCAAUCUUUCAUCUAACUCUGACCAAGAAAGCAUAAUGUAGCUAUAAUGUAAUUCCUUUGCUGAUUGUAUUCCUCCUCCCAGCUCCUAAAUUUAUUUCUGUUUUUCAUCGUUGUUACUAUAAUACUGUAUGUAUGGUCCUACUUUUUUAAAAUUCUUUUUGUGGAAAUUAAAUAAAACUUAACGGGCAUCUGGGACCAGUUGGCAGAUGCUGGAAAUAUGUGACACAAGGGACUAAAAGCAAAAAAGUGUGGCUAUUGACAGAGAACCAAUGUUUGAAAUCCAAGCACUAAUCCAACAAAAUCUUUGUAUUCCAUUUUCCUUGCAAUGAAGUUGUUGCUGAUGAAAGACAAAUGUAUUUCAUAUAAAAAAAUGUUUCCUUUUUCAUUUUAAACUUUUAUUAAAUUUAAUUAUCUUGUAUCUGGGUAAUGAAAUCACAUCUUUUUAAGUAUACUAUA